UGUUCUCUGCAGCCGUUCUUUGAGCGUCUGGUGAAGAGGAAGUGGCUGAGCAACUUGGAGCCCUACGAGCAUAUUGAAGCUCUCGUCAAGGAGGACUUCAAGACGUACCGCAGGAUGGACAACCCUCCGUAUCAGCUGCUGGUGGCAGAAGUCCACCGGCGGGUGGUGAUGGAGUACCUCCGGUCGGUCAUGAGAGGAAGAAUCAUCUGCACCUCCAUGAAGAUGAGGAAGAGGAUGGCUGGCCGCCUCCGAGAUGAAGGCAAACAGAUCAAAGUUCUCUUCAAAGAGCUGGAGUCUCCGUCCAGCUGGUUGGACAGUGCUCUGUCCCACAUCUCAGAGAUCAUCCAGCUGGAGGAUGUCCCGUCCAUCCAGAUGGAGGUGGGGGUUCUGGUCCGGGAGUUUCCAGACAUCAGGAAGAAGCACGUGUCGGCCAUAUUGAACAUCCGGGGCAUGACCAGGCAGGCGGAGCGUCAGGAGAUCACCAACAUCGUCAAAGACAUCGAGAGCAGCGACGUUGGGCCGGGCCCUCCGGCCCGGGACCGCGCCCUGUUCUCCGAGGUGCCGGUCACCUCCGAGGUCCACUGCCUGAACCUGGGCCUGAGCCGCGUCGCCCUCACCGCCUCGUCCUGCAUCGCCUCGCUCAGACCUCGUCGACGCAAAGCCCGAGCGCCGGUCCAGGAGAACCCGGAGGAUGUUCUGUGAACGAGUCCAGGUUUGGUUUGGAGGUCGGGACCUUUUACCGGACCUCCUGUCUGCUGGUGGAGACAUUCGGGAUUUCUAGAACCUUCAAACUGUUUCAGACUGAACUUGUUUUUUCCUGACUGGAUUUGUUGGGAUGAAAGAAUUUUCAUGUUGGGGAACCGAAGUAGGAACACUUAGAACCUUAGACCCAGGUCCAUGGAAGACCGGACUGUGGGACCGGGAGGAGAAAGAUGAUGACGACUGAUAGUUAAUGUGAGAUGAAAGGAUGAAGAUGAACGUUUUCCCAGUUGAAAUCUGGAUCUCGAGAGGAGUCAGAGCUGAACUUCAGGAACAAAACCAGAAACAUCUGCAGCUCUUCGGUUUAUUUUGUUGAAGCUUUAACCAGAACGAAGCUGAGCAGAACCGAUUUAACCCUCCGGUCUUCCUGAUCCGGCUUUGGAUCCACAGCCUUUCAUGCUUCUUCCUGCAGAACUUUUUGACUGAACGGCACUUUAUCCAUGAGCAGUGAAG